AUGGGUUUUGGACUUGGAAACCUUUCUCAAAUUCACACCUUCCCUCUCUGUCUUAAGUCCAACCUCUGUGUUUUUCCUCGGCGUUUGCUUCAAAACCACACUCUUUCUCGAAAACCGGCAAAACACAACUUGUUAUGUGUUAAGGCUACUACUGAGAGUAGUUGUGAUCUUGAGAGCACUCGUCCCUUGAUCCAAUUUUCUCCCUCAUUUUGGGGAGACCAUUUCCUCUCUGUUCCCUUUGACGACUCUGAAUUUGAUUCACUUGAUCGGGAGAUUGAGUCAGUGAUGAAGCCGCUUCUUUCUUGA